AUGUCUAGCAAUCUUGCUUUUCUGUCUCUUUCCCUUGCGGAGUCAACGGCCUCUCUAGGAAAGUCUCUCGAAGAAACCAGGACGAGGCUCACCGAGAAGCUGAAGCUCGUAGCUGGAAUGGCGUUAGGGUUUGAUCAAUUCGCCAUGCACCAAACAGCUACGGGGCCCGGCCUUUCCGUGGAAGGAAAGCAAACCGAACAGAUGAGCCGGAAAUCGGCGGAGGAUACUAGAGCUUCAUCACUGUCAUCUGACCCAGACGAUGGUAGAGCCGCACAAUUAGCGGGCCAAAAGGGGCAUGUGACGCCUUGCAUUGCCGGACUCAUUGCAACCUCAAACCCGUUUCUGUUUACGCAUAUGCUGGCGCUAGGAGCCGCUUACCUUGGGUACGAUAAGUACUUCGGUGAUGGCACAUCUGAACUGCUGCCUUUCUACGGGACUCGUACACUACUGUCGACGCUAUCUCCGCUGGAUACGCCACGACUUUUAGACAGCAUGGCAGCUGCCGAUCGACUGUCACCGAAGCGUUCCAUACUUUCACGUUUUUCAAGAAGAAAAAGGUCGUUAGACGCACCUGCGCCGGAGCCCAGUGGUUGGGACCAAAAGAGGAAAUCACGUCUCCCUUUGGGAAGUCUUCGCCUCGUACUGGAUAUACUGGAUAGGCACCUGGAAGCUUUAACGACUUAUGUACAGCAACAGAUUGAAAUAUUCCGGCAAGCAGGAGUUCCACUGGAAGCGUCAGUAACGAUGACUCACAACCUGAACAGGUUACACGUCACUCGCUGCCAGUCUAGAAAUAACCAGAUGGUAAUUCCCUGUAGGUGGAAAGACACAACCUUCUUCGAAGAACUGUCAAAUGAAACAAAUCCAGGCCUGACAGACGAGGAGCAGCUGGAAAAGCGUGUCAAAUUUCACAAGCUUGAGAAUGCUUUCAACACGGUUACAGGACUAGGCGCGCUUGAAGCAAUGCUUGACGAGGACAGCGUUCUGCUCGGUGGUCCUGCGGAGGAAUCAGUGGCUCGUCUUUAUUCAGACUUCCAUCUGGGUGCAGCAAUGAACAACUGGUAUUUCUACGACGCCCUCAACAUCAAUAAAAUGCUGUCCCGAUUUCAAAAAGUUGGUACGAAGGUCUUGAAGCAGUACGGGCUGGAGAACCUGAUGAAUCUGGCCACUUCCCAUCAAGCAGGAAGUACCGCGUCCUGGGAUCGGACAGAUAUCGACACUAAAUUGGCUAAACACCAUCAUUAUGGGAGCGCUCUUCGUGUCCGACUGUACAUCAUGGCUCUUCUUCCACAAUUUACUCCACAUCGGGAAGGAAUCCUGUCUCCAGUUGAUUUCAUUCGAGAAGCUUUCGCUGGAGAAAGAAGUUAUGCUAUGUCGACUGCUCGCCUGAAGCCUCUAUUAUCUGAUGACCUGGUCAUUCUCGGCGUUCCCAAGGGCUUCUCGUUUUUGUGGCUCUUUGAAUUCCUCCUCGAAGAAGAUUCACCAAACGCAUUGGUGGCAAAACGUAGAGCCUUGAAACGGAUUCCCAAUUGGACAAAGAGGCUGUUCUCCCACAGUCGUUCGAUCCCGAUGCUUUUCCGCCAAUUCUAUAAGGCCCUGAAUGCUGGUGUCUUCGCAAAAGCGAGAAGGCGGACCCUCGACAGAUCCAAAACGUUGCUCAGUCGGCAAUUACCAGAAGGGUGGCGCGAUAUUGUGAUGGAUGCUUUCGCCUUCACCGCCCACAGCGCAGCUCUCAUGCAAGUGGUGAACUACCACUCAUUGUUCCGUGACCGAACACUCAAUGACCUGCAAGAGGCCUCCUAUCUCGCUACGCCUCCAGCUUUUUCCAUUGAGGAUCAAAGUGUCAUGAAGAGGUGCGAUGAGCAAAUAUACGAAUGGUCACGUUUUGGCUUCUCGCCCGACGUUCUCGAAGCUGAUUUGCACAAUGAGACAUUCAAGGGCAAGUGGGAAAAUCUACGGCUUGAAACGAUGCCCACACCAGACACUCAUCAAUGGUGGAGGCGCCUUCAUAGGGCUAUUCUCGACUCCCUCGAAAUAUACCAAGCUCACGAAAGGCAUCUGAAGGGGAUGAGCGAUAACUUGUAUACCCUUGUCGAGGAUACAAUAAAGAAUCUGCAAGACGGAAGCUCUCGGGACGACACCAUUUUCUUCGGACGAAUUGCGAGAGGCGCCCGCGAAUCUGUGGGCCAAAAAAUGUGGCGCGGCGUUAAAACGUUCUUUCUCGACCUUGUACGCGAUGUUCCAGGCUCGGAUCAUGCCGUCUGGUUUGGUGUCGGCUUCAAUUUCCCACGGAUCUUCCAAAUUCUCCGCAAAAUGAAAGAAAUUGCUCUACACGCUGCAGGAGACCAAGGCUCGGCCAUCCUGCUGGACGAGGCAUUUGUGGAGCUGGUACAAGAGACAGUGGCGGUACGGGCACAAACGUAUAGACGGCAACCCCCUACAACCCUCAGAAACAUCGGUGUAAUCGGGUUGAGACCGGACUACGCCAAUCUUGACACUGAACAGAGAUCGAUGGAAUACCAGCUGUCAAUGUGUGCAGACCACUGUGUCUCACUCUGGGUGCAAAUCCUCGGAUUCAUAUAUCCCUAUGUGCUCAAUCCAUCUCUUUUAACAGAUUACGAGAAGUCAUUUGGGACUGGCCACGCAAUCAAAAAGUUGGAUGAUCCCAGCUAUGUGAAUUCGUUUCGCUACAUUUUUGCAAACGACGCCUCGCUGAACUUCUUCGAGCACAAUACCCCUCAAGACACACGGAAGGCUUUGGUGUCACUCAAGAGUGGACAGGCGUUCAUGUACGCAAACAUGAUGAGAUUCGCCGGAAUUGCAUUCGAACAACUCAGUAUGCCGUAUUUGGCGGUUUCUCUUCAAAGGCAGGCGCCCUUCAUGGGCCAGAUGGUCAAGGAUUGGGUGGCCAAGAGAAGCAGAUCGCGGAAGCUCGCCAUAGUCAGCGUGCUUUCUCUCGGGCUCAUUUUUGCGUACACGCUGCUCUCCGCGUUAGACAUCGCUCAGUUCCUCACCGACUCAGGGAUGAAGGCAAUUGAAGAUUGCAGCUGGAACCCUAUUAUGCAACAAAUGGCGUGCGUGGUCGUGGCAGGAAGUGGAUCUCUGGUGGCUCCAACGUUCGCUGCGCUGUCGGAUGUCUUCAAGGUGGGCCUGUAUUCCGGAAUCGGGUCGACACUCAUCGCCGCUUCAGUCGUAGGUAAUGCAUAUAUGAUCAUCCGUUCUCAGAGCAGAACAAUUCUGAGGACCGAAAUGGCUAUCAAGAACGUGGCUGUGAAACUCUGGAAACAGAUGCGAAAGUAUUUUUCCUGGGUUACCAGAUUCACGAAACGCCGAAAAGCUAUUCUUAGCACCAUGAUGGCUCGAGCCACGGCCCUUGCCAAAAACAAGAAACCACGCAGCGAAACUGCUGCAACCAUGACAAGAUCUGGUGACUCCGUAAUGGACAUGCUUCUACAGGGAGUCUCACCGGCAACGCCACAGCGAGCGCAGGACGGCAGCCGCUGACAUCGCAGUUUUUAGGCACGCGUUUCGGUUCUUUGAACUUCUAUUCUUUUGCUGUGGCACACGAACUGAAUGUGUACUUCACUUUCCAAGUACAGCGAAGGGUCUGCUCUCAUCGACAGUCUUAAACGGCGUGCAGUCCGCUGACCCCGAAGGAGGGUAUUGGUGUAUUGGCAGUCUUUUUGCGAGGAUUUCAACCACAAACGGCCUACAUAUAAUAUACAACUUUAUGUUUA